AUGAGCUCGGAAAACCCAAACGAGCUCCCGAGCGGGCGGUCUAAAGGCGGAGCGCAGGGCCGGCGCAGGGCCAGGACGAGCCGCGACACCGGGGCUGCUGGCCCCAGCAGCGCCAAGAGGAUUGCGAAACUCCCGGGAAGAGUAACCAGCCCCCGCCGAGCAGAGCUGCGCUCCAGCGGCAGAGAACGGAGAGAGCUCCGCCGGUUUACCUUCAACAGGUGCAGGCGCCGGCGGCAGGGAGCCCCGUGGGCUCGGACCGUCCGAGUUGCCCGAACGGGAGCGGCGGCGCCCAGGAGCCGGGCACGGGCGACGGCCGGCUGGUCAGAGGCGCUACGGCAGCCCCCGGCGGCCGCCCAUGCUCCCGGAGGGCCCCGCCGCCGCCACAGCAGCCGGAGUCAGCGCGAAGGAGGCAGCGGCUGUGGCCACCUCCGAAAGGAAGGAGAAAAGCAGCAGGGAGCGAGGGAGGGAAAAGCAGAAAGAGAGAAACCGCCUCGAAAGAAAUUAAUCGUCACAUCACGGUCGCGAUCCGCCGCCGUCCCCCGACAGCCCGAACCUAUGCCGGGGAGCCGGGGAAAAGCUGCGAGGAGGGGACACACCUGUAGGCGCAGCACAUAUCCGCUAAACACUAACAUGAGUGAAUGCAGAGCACAUUUCCCACCUGUGCGUAAAGCACAUCACGUUUGCUUUAGCAUCUUGAUUCUGUCCACGUUCAGACAUCAAAUUUGUCUCAACUAUAAGAGACUGCAGCAACGGUUGCUGGUCCAGAGUGGCACGCAUGCUGUCUGCACAGCAUGGCUGCCUGCACUGCCAGGACAACUGGCUGCUGCCAGCCACAGCCCUUAA